AUGAAGAAUCUCUCUCAUUUUGAGGCUGAAUCUUUAAGAAAGGAUCGUAUAAUUGAAAACCUGCAAGCUGAAAUUGCUGAUUUAACCCAGCAGCUCAGUACAAUCCGUGACAGUAACACCAUAAAGACACAGGCUCAGACAUUUCUUGGACUGCAAGAGAAGAUGGAGAAAUUCAAAGAGAUAGAAGCUGACAAUAAGAAGAAGGAUAGUAUUAUUAGUAAACUGAGGGAUGAGAUAUGGCAACAAGGACUGCAAAUCAGCCAUUUGAGAUUUGACAGCUCUAUUCACUUCGGUUACGAUGUCCUGGAAGAGGCUUACCAAAGCACGGGCAGAGAUCGUGAACUGGAAACUAGAACUGAGAUUUCGGAGGCACUGGUGGAGAAACCGAGUGAGGAAAUGCUUGCAGAAAGAGGAGAGGAUGUGGGGGAUGGCAGAAUGAAAAUAAUCAUAAAUACAACAGAGAAAGAAGAUGCAGAUGAAAUUAUGGACCUGGGUACAGUGGCUCAAACACUGGAAUUUCUCGAUUAUGGUGGACCUUGUGACGUUGAAGCUGAGAAACCAGAAGAGCAGGAAAGAUUGAAUAAAAGCAAUGAAAUGCUGAGGAAGGAACUGAGAGAAGUUAAAGUGUGCUAUAAUAUGGCAAGGGGUGCAGUUAUCUCCAUAAACCGGAAAUGGUCACUAGCUGAGGCUAAGCUGAGAAAUAAAGAGGCUGAAAUGGAGAGAGUGCAGAAGGAGCUGAAGGACAGAUGUAAUCAGCUGAAUGACAUGUCUAAUAAGUUUUCCAAUCUGCGAGAAGGGAACAAUCAUACAAAAAUUAUGACAGGUCUUCAAAAAGAAAACCUCAGCCUCCAUGAGCAAGUUGCUGAGUUACAGUCAGGGCUGAGGAUGAAAAAUGAAGAGCUUGUGAAACUGAAGACUGAGAUCAAUAAGCUACAGCUUCACAUCACUGCUGAAGAUGCGAGGAAGAGGCAUCUACAGGCUGAGUAUGAUGAAGCCAUUUCCCAGGGUGAAUUAAUGCAGCGUGAACUACAGGAUUUACAAAUCGCACUGAAAUUCACUGGCACCAGGCUUGAACGAUUCAUCGGUAAGAUAGUGCAAGCUGUCUACACUUCCCCAGGAAUUGUCCAACCCACAACUCAGAUUACUGACGAGGAUACUCUUGAGAUGUUCCGGACAAUAUUGGAUGACCGCUUAAAAUUUCAUCGUAUGCUGAUGGAAUCUGGAAUCGCAGUUCCUCCUCUUCUUGGAAGUGAAGACCCAGAGGCACCACCAAACUCUCCCUAACAGAUUCAACACACACACUCACCCUGUCCAGAUUUCAAUCAGUUAAAAGAGAUCGCUUUCCUAUAAUGGUUGACAACCAGUUUGGUGUUAUCAGACCAUUAUAAUCCAGUAAUGAGAGAUAAAAAAAAAGU